AGUGGUACGGUCCCUGCCUGGUCCUCUGCUGCGAGCAGGAGAGAGGGGAUCAACAUGGCGUCCGAGCAGGAGAGUUCCAAUGGGCCGGUGAAGAAGUCAAUGCGAGAGAAGGCGAUAGAGAGACGCAACAUCAACAAGGAACACAACAGUAACUUUAAAGCUGGCUAUGUACCCAUAGAGGAAGAGCGUCUUCACAAAACAGGGCUGAGAGGACGCAAGGGAAACAUGGCCGUUUGCAUCAUUGUCCUCCUCUUCCUCCUCGCCUUAAUCAAUCUCAUUAUCACACUCGUAAUAUGGACAGUCAUCCGUAUUGGUCCGAAUGGCUGUGACAGUAUGGAGUUUCAUGAGACCGGCCUGCUGCGCUUCAAACAGAAGGCGGACAUGGGCAUCGUUCACCCGCUGCACAAAAGCACCAUAGGAGGUCGGAAGGACCAGGACCUGGUCAUUGUAGGGAACAAUAACCCGGUUGUGUUCCAGCAAGGUACAACUAAACUGAGUGUAGAAAAGGACAAGACAUCGAUCGUCAGCGAUGUUGGCAUAUCCUUCACAGACCCACGCACCCAGAACACGUUCUUCAGCACGGACUUUGACAAUCAUGAGUUCCAUUUACCCAAAGGAGUCAAAGUCCUCAGUGUUAAAAAGGCUUCCACUGAAAGGAUCACCAGCAGUGCAGCAUCUGACCUGAACAUCAAAGGGGACAACAAGGCUAUUAUUCGAGGGAACGAGGGGGUCAACAUCAUGGGCAGGACUGUCGAGUUCAAAGUGGGAGGAGGCAUCGAGCUCAGAGCUGAAAACAGCAUCGUCCUCAAUGGCUCAGUCAUGUUCAAUGCCACACGUAUCCCUAACUCUGCAGGAGAUGUGUAUUUCGAUGAGGGUCUGCAGAGGUACAAGCUCUGCAUGUGUGCAGAUGGGACUCUGUUCCGUGUGCAGGUGAAGUACUCCAAUAUGGGCUGCCAGACAUCGGAUAACCCAUGUAGAAAAUCUUACUAGGGACAUGGACUGGAAUUCUUACAUGACUGAAGAUCACAAAUUUGCAUAAAAAGACAUUCUAUUGGAUAUCCAAUAACAAUACCUCUGUGAUUCUCCUGAUCAAAUUCUCAAUUAUGUAUUUUGAUGCAAAGCUAAACAUUUAUUACAGAUAAUUACCACUUGGCCAAAGAUAUUGACUGACAGACAUACAGUAUUUGUAUUGUUUUGAAAAUGUACCACUUUUAUUUAAGCUUUAUUUUCCAAAGUAUGUGCUCAAAACUAUUAUAAAAAGCAUUAUUCUUUGGUUUGCACUGCCUCGUGGUUGCAAGGUAUAUAUUAGGCUGUAGCCAUAGAUGCUAUUUACUUUUUGCCUUAACAUCCAGUAUUACAAGCACAUACACUAGGUUGGCAAUUUAAUAGACGGCUAAAACUAAUGCAGUCUAAUACAACAGUUCUGUGGUGAGAUGUUAAUUGUUAUUGUUUGUAAUUCUGGAGAAAGUUUGUGUUUGUGGUGCUGCUGAAGUGUACUGCCUUCACACAGUAGUAGUCCGAGUCUAUCCUUGUUCAUAUAAAGGAGAUGACCCCGAAAACAAACAGUUGUCCAUACAACCGAAUGUAAUUGAACUCUGAAGUAACUUUAACAUCUCAGUCCCGUACAAUUCAACAAAAAAAUGACUGACAGUUCCCUAAAACUGGGCAUUAUAACUGUCAUUCUUUGACUGCUGUAUUAAACUUCAUUUAUUUUUGCUCAGUGUGGGUAAUAAACUACUAACUGAGGGUACAACUCUCGUCCAACGGUUGUAUGUGAUCUCCUGGCAGCUGUGUCUGAUAUUUUCCUUUAUUAUUUUUCAGCGACAUGCAAUAGAGUUUCUGAGUCCAGUAUAUUGUUUGAAAAUGCAAUGCACAGAAUAAUGGAUGAACUGUGUCCCAAACAUUUUAAGCCAUCCAGGAAUGCUAUAAGAGAACAGGCCUCUUUCUGCAUACUGUAUCUCAACAUGUCUAUCAUGCACUUGCCAAUGGACUUACAAGGGAUGAUUCAUGAGUCAGUAUAUAUGUAUGAUGUUCUAAUUUUAUUGCCGAGGCUUUUUACAUUAAAAAAAAACAAUGAAAAACAGAUUUGGAGUGUUUGCACUAAGUUAAAUGACAGAUUAAUGCAUUUCUCUUGAAAUGUUCAUGAAUAUGAGUGACUUGUUUGAAGUGUAUAGCGAGUGCUUUAAAAUUGUGUGCCAUAUUAUACGAUAAAAGAUUUCUUGAAAGGAUUUUAUUUUGCUUUGAAUUAUCUCGUCUGUUUUAUAGCAGUAUUGAAUUGGAGAACAUUUGUUAUUAAUGUCAUGAAGUACUUGUUCUCAGAGGAUUUCAGUCCUGCUGUAAAAUAUUUGAUUGUUUUAAUGGAAAAAAAAAGAGAAAAAAAACUUGAAAACAACAUUUAUUUGCUAUGUUUGUUUCAAUAAAGAAACGUGUUGGUAUGUGAA